AUGGCUGCCUUCCAGAAAGUGCGGCUGGCGGGCGAGCUGCUGCUCAAGAAGACCGUCAAAGCCAAGAGCUCGCCGAAAGCGCGCGCCACGCCGCAGGCCGCAGGCUCCUUCAAGGGCCCGGCCGUGAAGAAGGCCGCGGCCAAAGGGCCCCAGCGCCUCGCCAGCCUGCACGAGGAGUCCAAGGAGCUGGACGGCUUCUUCAGAAGCCUCGGCAAGGCCGCGCAGCCGGCGCCGGAUCAGGCGUCGUCCGCGCCAUCGAAUGGGCCGGAGCUCUUGCUGAAGCUUCGGCAGGCCCGGCGCUUGCGGGGCCAAGCGCGCCUGGACUUCCUGGCGCAGCCCGGAAGCCCAGGCGCGCGCCAAGCGCGCGAGGCUGCCUGCACCGAUGCGGGCGGAGGUUUGCCGGAGCCUGGCCGCGAUCAGCCAGCACUGCCUCAUUGUCACUUCUUCAAUGCUGCCGCAAUAUAA